CAAAUAGGCUUAAAUAUUUCUGAGUGUAUCUUUCUAUAAUUUAGCAGAUAGCCUUACCCAUCCAUCACACAUUUUUUAUUUUAGAUUGUGUGUAGCUUCGUGUUCACAAGGAAAGUGUGAGAGGGCUGUCUGCAGUUGGACAUUCUGAAAUGGAUAGAGACUAUGGCUCCCUGCUCAGCACCCUCAAAAGGAGGAGGCAGCUGACUGCUGAUGAGCUUAGGUUCAUAGCAGAGGAGGACAUGGCUCAUGAGGGCAUGAGCACACAGGAGGAAGAUCUGCUAGACCAGAAACUACUGCAGGAAGACCCGGACCAUGAGGAGAUGGAGGAUGAGAUGGAACCUGAUCCCCAGCCAAGACCAUCAAAUGGGUAUAUAUGAAUGUGCUGUAGUUGCUGAGAUAUGCAGCUUUACAAACCGUCAGGGGUGGGAGCUCAUCCUGAACUGUCCGUCAUAUUCCAGCUACCAAGGAGCUUGGAUGGAGGUGACCCCCGAUGAAUUUUACAAAUUUCUUGGGUUGCUCAUUUACAUGGGGUUUUCAAUUCUCCCUGAUUCUCAUCGUCAUUGGGGAACCAAGUCACUUCAAGGCUCAUGGAGAGGGGAUUUAUGUUGCGUGACCACUACAAGGCUCUUUUAGCAGCUCUACAUGUUGUAGACCCUACCACAGAGGAUAAUCAGGAUCACCUUAGGAAGUUGUGUUAUCUUAUGGACCACCAUAAGCUGCAGUUGAUGAACGUUUGGUCAAGUCCAAAGCUCAGUCAGGAUUUAAACAAUACAUGAAGGGCAAGCCUACUCAGUGGGGUUUUAAAUUAUGGUUAAUUGCAACAUCAGACUCAGGGUAUACUCUCGACUUUAAUGUUUACACAGGUAGUCAUGAUGGACAUGUCACUGACUUGGCCACCAAAGUAGUUGAAUCAUUACUGCAGCCAUUCAAAGACCAGGGCCACAAUGUUUGGUUUGACAACUUUUACACAUCCCCAGCUCUUAUGGUUAAGUUGUUAGAAAUGGGAACUAAUGCCUGUGGGACAUGCAGGGUGAAUCAUAAACUGUUUCCUGCAGAAUUUAAAGACAUCAAAAGAUGGCAAUGCAAGACAGCUCGUGUGGAUAUGAGGUGGUGUAGGAUUGAGGGGAAUAUACUUGUAAUUCAGUGGAAGGACACGCGUGCAGUUACAUGCCUCUCCAAUUUCCACAAUGUGAAUGGCUCAACUGAAAUUACUAGGUUUGUAAAAAAUUAUGGCGACUGGACAAAAGAAGUAGCCCUCCAGCCCACUGUCAUCAGCGAUUAUAACAAAAACAUGGGUGGUGUUGAUAGGUCAGACCAAAUGAUAAAAAAUUAUGAUGUCCUACAAAAAACUCAGAAGUGGUGGAAGACUUUUUUUUUCCACUUCAUAGACAUUGCCGUCGUCAAUAGUUUCAUAUUGUUUAAGGAAUGGCAACACAUUCAUGUGGCACUAGGGGAUGAGCAUAGACCAGUGAACUUAACCCAGAUAGAUUUCAGAGAAAACCUGGCUCGUCAGCUGGGAGGUAUCGAUAUUCACGCAAGUUUCCCUUUGCAUAAACUAAAGCCUGUAGUCCCUCCUUCAUCAUCACUCCACACAGCCCAUGUCCCUAAAUUUGAAGAGUCCUCUAAGAGAUGUUGGCUAUGCUAUUGGAAAAGUAGGACUGAAAAUAAAACUACAGUAGCUUGUUGCACGCCGGUAUGUAAUGGCAAAAAGACUUGCUUGGUUCGCGAUAGGAACUGUUUUCAGUCUUGGCACUCAGCUGAGUGUGACCAGUUUCGCAAAGAAGCCUAGGUUGGGCUGUGUUUACUGGUGUUGUUGUCCUCCCCCUCCCCUCUUUUCUCCCUCGCUUCUCUCCACAGGUAUUGCAGUUGUUGAGUAUUUAUGAAUUUAUAUAUAUUCUGUUCCUGCACUCUUUAUUAAAAAUGUAUUUACUGUGGAUAGUUUGAAAGUUUUGCUGUGCAAUUCGUGUGUAAUUCUAAUGUUCAAAUUAA